CUCAAAACAAAUUCACUGAUUGUUAUCGAGCCAACAAUCCACUAAUCUGCGCAGAUUGCAUACCCACUCACAGAGACUUCCAGUGCAAUUUCUGUUGAUCUGGGGUUUUGGCCAUUUUGGUAAGGAGUGAAAGUCAUUACGAGAAUUGGGAGUGGAUCAUUGCAUCAUGGGUAUCUUGUGCAGUUGCUGCAAAGGCGGUGGUGAGUACGAGGAGUACCAACGUGACAGGCCGCUUAGUACCCAACAACCAACAGCUGCAGACCUCGAGGCCAGGAGACAAGCUGCAGAAGCUGCGGAGGCCCGUCAGGCAAAGUUUGACACCAGUGCCGUUGGCAAGGCUGCGCGCAAGGCUGUGGAGAAUGUCAAGAAGGAGCGUGAAGCCGACGCAGCUGCAGCUCAAAAGGACAAUUCUCGGGACUGGCUGAGCUGACCCUGGUUCACUGGUGUUAUCUGAAGAGGCGCUGCAGAGUGCCGAGGCGAGAAUUAUUGCUGCACUAUGCCCUAGCUUGAAGGCAUCCUGCUUAUUAAUUGUACAAUCAAUUCUGCACAUUUACAGUGAUGCUGCUGUAGAUACGAAAAAUGCUUGGGAAGGCUAGGGUUGCUGUAGCAUUCCUCAAGAGUUCAGCUUGUACUAAUGAAGUCAAACUCCGAGUCGUCAACCAAUCUGUCUUCACUAGUUUGUGAGCAAGUGCUGUUCAUUUUCCGUGCCCGCCCGUGCCAAGAAAAACUUGUCACAUCUGAUUGCUUGGGAUGAGCGCUUAUGCAACAAAAAUCUUUAUGCCAGUGGCAUCACUGUGGCACAUGUGUUGUUGGCAUGCCACUGGUAAGAGCUGCCAGCCACUGCCAGUGGAAUGUGUCAAGACUGUUGCAUAAGGUCUGUGCCUAAUGCGGAAUAACUCGUGCACGUACGUGUGAUCAUCAUACAUGUCUAGUAGAGAUCCAUUGUGCCUGUGUCUGCCAGGUCAUCUAUAUCAGCGACAGUAACUGCGCGUUGUAAGUGCAAAAGGGCCUCC